AUAACGUGUUUCCGAUAAAGCGAUACAAUAUCGGCACACUGCUUAACGAUUUCGACGCAUGACUCCGAGCUCCCGGUAUCAGACGUAUCAUCUUAUCGCCAUACAUUUUUAUGUUUCCAAAACUACAAUCAGUAAAAUAGUAGACUUUACCCUUUGCCAAAGUUUCUAAAACAUAAAAAUAAAAGUUAUUUCAGAGUGCAAAGGGGGAUUGAGUUAUUGCACACGCGCACUGCACAGAGUCGUUCCAGCCAAGAAGUAGUAAAUACUUUACCGUAAGUACUGCUGUUUGGUUGGCUAGCGCAAUUGAAUUGUUGUCUAUGAUGAGUACCUUUACAUUAUUUUGUGCAAUAUUGAAACCUGGAGUUCUGUGAGUGAGAUAGAUAUUGGACAUGCUUCUACCAUUUUGCACCUUCAGGUAUCCUCGUGUCGAUAAUAUUGAUCGCCAUUAUAGUUUUUUAACGCAUUGACCUCAAUCAUUACGGUACAAUUCUAUGGUGACGUUCUUUCUCAUUUCGUAGCCACAAUGAAAUAUCACAAUACGCCACUUUUUCUGUUUAUAAAUGUCAUAUGUGUAGGAUUAAUAGGCCGUCCUUCAGUGUAUACUACUGACAUUGUAGUCACUAGUAUAUAUUGUAACCUAAAUACCUAGCUAGCUACAGUGAGCUAGAACACAAGACGUAGAUAGCUAGAUUCAUCAGCCGACUGCUACACAUAGCUACCGCUAACGUUACCGGUUAGUUAGUUAAGUUACAGUGAUACCGCCACGUCUUCUUAACCUCCCACUGGGCUACUGAGUGACUCUUUACAAUGGCCGCUGCAAGAAAACGUACGCUAUCGUGCAUCGGAGAUGUGAGAGACAGAAAAGCAAAGGUUAUUAAAGACAGCGGUGAGAAGAGACACAUCGCAGCCCUGAUCCUGGCGAGGGGAGGCAGUAAGGGGAUCCCCCUGAAGAAUAUCAAAAUGCUCGCCGGUGUCCCCCUCAUCGGAUGGGUUCUGAGAGCUGCAGUGGACUCCAAACAGUUUGACAGUGUGUGGGUAUCAACUGACCAUGAUGACAUUGAGAAGGUAGCCAAGGCAUGGGGAGCUCAGGUUCACCGCAGGAGCCCAGAGGUGUCCAAAGACUCCUCCAGCUCUCUUGACACCAUCCAGGAAUUCGCCAGAUUAAACCCAGAGGUGGAGGUGAUCUGUCACAUCCAGGCCACGUCUCCCUGCCUGCACCCCUUCCACCUGAAGGAGGCCCUGGAGAUGAUCACCAAGCAGGGCUUCACGUCCGUCUUCUCCGUGGUCCGACGACACCACUUCCGCUGGCAGGAGGUGAAGAAAGGAGGUAGUGUCGCCACCCAGCCUCUCAACCUGGAUCCAUCCAACAGGCCCCGGAGACAGGACUGGGAUGGAGAGCUGUGUGAGAACGGAUCUUUCUAUUUUUCCACCAGAGCCCUUAUAGAGGAAGGUGUUUUGCAGGGGGGGAAGUGGGCUUACUAUGAGAUGCUGCCAGAGUACAGUGUGGAUAUUGAUGUGGAUAUCGACUGGCCCGUGGCAGAACAGAGAGUACUGAGGUUUGGUUACUUUGGCCUGGACAAGCCUGAGGUGGUGCGUCUGCUGCUGUGUAACGUCUCCGGCUGUCUGACUGACGGCCGCGUCCUCAUCUCUGUCUCUGGAGAGGAGAUGGUCUCAGUCAACACCAGAGAUACUAUGGGUAUCCGCAUGCUGCAGAGAGAGGGAGUGGAG